UUGCUAAUGGCCGUAAAGGAACUGACUAUACUUGUGGUGUGUUCUUUGAUUGUCUGUACUGGGCAUGAAUUCUUCACUUCAACGGAUACAAUUUCACAUCUUUUUGAGGAGGAGAAAUUCCUUCUGGAUGCCUUCAGUUCGUACAUUGAUGCUGAAGAAGAAAUUGUAAAGAGGAUGAAGAGCGUUCUUCUUCUUCUUCAAUUGGGCACAUACUCAGACCCUGUGGACCCUGAGGAAAUAAAAGACCCUGCGGCAGCUUUCAUCCUCCUCAUGCGACUGAGAUCUGAAUGGUUGAGCAUUGAAAAAUACACUUCGAGGAGUCUUUAUGAAUACAACGUGUAUCAGACACUGCUGGAAUAUGCACAGAUCCCACAGGUAAAGGAUUUGGAGGGUGCAGCUUUAGGACUGAUCAGUCUGCAAGAGCUCUACAAACUCUACCCGCACAACAUCACAAAGGAAACAUCUUUAAAUGCAGCUGAAGCCUACAUUGUUGGGUUGGUCGCUUAUAACGAGGACAAAUUCCAGCAUGCCUUUCUCUGGUUUCUGUACAGUCUGGACAGAUUAACAGAAUACUCAACCGUUACUGAGGAAGAGUUGCUCCAUUACCUUAGUGACACAGCCUAUCAUUUUGGCAGCCUGCCUGUGGCAAUCUACUUCAGCCAACGGCUUUUAAAUCUGGACCCAACUAACGAUGAAGUCAAAGUUCAGCUAGACCUGUAUAGACUCCUUCGCUACCAGAGAAAAUCAAACCUAGACAUAUUCACGCUGAAUAAUGAGUCAAGUAACUCCUAUGAGGCACUGUGCAGAGGAGAGGUUGAUGAGAGGACCUCCAAGAGGCAGAGGGCACUGUCCUGUAGGUACAGCACAGGUGGAGGAAACCCCAGACUAAUUUACGCACCAGUGAAAGAGGAAGUGGAGUGGGACGAGCCUGGCAUCAUCAGAUAUCAUGACAUUACAGGUCUUUCUAGGUCUGAGACUAGAGGGGGAGUGUCAAAGAUCCGUACUUCUCAAAGUGUUUCUCUAAAGGAAGACUACCCUGUGGUUGCUCGUGUCAAUCAGAGGAUUGCAGACAUCACAGGACUCUCCAUGGAAUCAGCUGAAGACCUACAUGUUCAGAAUUAUGGCAUUGGUGGCAAAUAUGAACCACAUUAUGAUGCAUGGGAUACUGCGAAUGGAAGGAUUGCUACGUUCUUAAUUUAUAUGAGUGAUGUGGAGAUAGGGGGCGCCACUGUGUUCCCUAAAGUUGGAGUUGCAUUGAAGCCAAAAAAAGGUUCAGCCGUGUUUUGGUACAAUCUCCACAAGAAUGGAAAUGUGGAUUUAAAUACAGAGCAUGCUGGAUGCGAUGUGGCUAAUAAAUGGAUCCAUGAGUUUGGACAGGAGUUCAGAAGACACUGUUCUUUGUCAUACUGGACGUAA